UUAUUAUCGUUAUUAUCUGAGUUCUUAGUUGCAAUUUACUUUGACAAUUCGAUAAUAGAGUGGCAUGUGAGGUCGACCGUGCUGAGGCUUUCGAUGGAUGUCGGCCAUCGGAAGGCAGUCUCAGAAAGACAAGCGCGCGCGCAACUCGCAGCGGUUAGUGUUUUGCGAUAAUUGUGUGAAUUGUUUUGUGUUUACUCGAUACAUUAAAAUGAAGUUCCACAUAAAAAUAUUUGAUGUUAUACCGGCGAGGUUAAACGUGGCGUUAAUGAUGUUCUUCGCCUGCUGGGUCAAUUACAUGCUGCGCGUUAACAUGAGUGUCAAUAUCAUUGCCAUGGUUCCUGAUCGCGGUGAAACUAAGUCGGUACAAAGCGAAUGUGAGGCCAUCACUAAUGACGACACUGCAUUACAUAAUGGUACGACAGCGGUUACACGACAAGUCCAACAGCCCGAUGGAUCUAUUACUUUUGAUUGGACAGCGCAACAACAGGCGUAUGUGCUCUCCGGAUACUUCUGGGGUUACGCAAUCACUUGCCUCUUCAGUGGUAUAGCAGCGGAGAGAUGGGGUCCAAGGAAUGUAGUCUUCAUAUCCAUGUUGAUAUCUGCGGUCCUCACAAUUCUCAUUCCUCCAGCAGCGAAAGUACAUUUCAUGAUGCUAGUGGCUACAAGAUUCGUCAUAGGUCUUGCUGCGGGCUUCCUUUUCCCGUCACUACACGCGCUUGUUGCUCAUUGGGCUCCUCCAGCAGAGAAGGGGAAGUUUGUGAGCGCUCUCCUAGGAGGGGCCAUAGGAACCGUCGUGACCUGGUCGCUAAGUGGACCUCUCAUUGAGAACUUUGGGUGGACUUACGCAUUUUAUGUACCAGGUAUUAUAGCCAUCGUUUGGUGUGCUGCGUGGUGGUUCCUUGUAUACGAUUCCCCCGUCAUACAUCCACGUAUCAGCGAAGAAGAAAAAACGUACAUCCUAAGUGCAAUUGGAGACAAAGUGCAACAGAGUUCCAAGGAGCAUAAAAUUGUUCCACCGUUUAAAGAUAUAUUCACGUCGUUUCCGUUCCUCGCCAUGGUUAUCCUCCACUAUGGUAACACAUGGGGUAUAUACUUCGUAAUGACAGCCGCACCAAAAUACGUGUCAAGUGCUCUCGGAUAUAAUUUGACUUCAACGGGCACUCUGUCAUCACUACCUUACCUUGCGAGGAUGAUAUUUUCUUUAAUAUUCGGAGCUAUUGGUGACAGAAUCGUCAAACAGAACGUUGUAUCCACGACGUUUAUGAGGAAGUUCUUCUGCUUGUUUUCCCACGUGGUGCCGGGUCUGCUUCUCAUCGGUCUGGGCUACACGGGCUGUGCCCCCAUCUUGUCAGUGGCUCUUAUAACAUUCUCCAUGGGCUCCAAUGGCGCCGCCACACUCACUAACUUAGUGAACCACCAGGAUCUGGCGCCAAACUUUGCCGGCACCAUUUACGGCAUAGCCAAUGGUAUUGGUAACACAGCUGGUUUCAUAACACCGCUUGUGACUGCCUACUUCACCAAACAUGGGAAUGGUUUUGCGGAAUGGCGGCCAGUUUUCCUCACGGGUGCCUCAAUAUACAUUGCCGCAGCAGUUUACUUCAUUCUCUUCGGCACCGGUGAAACACAAUCGUGGAAUUACGUCGCCCCAGCGGAAGACGAUAGGGACAAGAGGCCCAAUAACAGCGAAGAUACCACCGUCAACAUACCAGUUAAAACAUAAAUAUUUUAAUAUAUUUAAGUGUAAUUUUAAUACACAGACAAAUAUGACAAUUGUACUCAAUUUGUACUUUUGGGUCGCUGGAAAUACAACCAUUUUUUAAAUAAAAGAAAUACGUACUUAAUACACGUGGCAAGAGUGAAGAUGGGGAUUUAAUAGCAGCUGAUAAAAGAUUUUCUAGUUGAAGUCAUUUAGUGACACCAAUUUUUAAAUAGAACUAUAUUGUUCUUAAAACACAUUAUGUUUGAUUUAAUGAAUAGUUUUGGUAAGAAUUUUUUAAAAAUAAUAUGAAUUAAAAAGUAGAAUUAGUUUCCUAUUAAUAAAUGGUAGGAUACUUAAAAAUAUUUAAUAAGGAUAUUUAGAUGACCAUUUCAUAGUUAAGUGAUCUCUUUUAACUAUAGUAAAAGUACGGAAGCACUGGAAAUAAUUAUGCCAAUUAUUUUUUCAUUUUCUUGUAAAUAAAGUUGAAAAAUAUUUGUUUUUUAAUUGAUAUGUGUGUUGAACGCCAAUAUUACAAGUGAUUGGUAUAUUUUUUAAAUGGCAACAUUUUUUAUGACUGUGAUGAAUUGUGUAAUCGUAAAUUAAUGAAAUUAAAUUAUUUUUAACAUU